CUAAAGUCUCCUCUCUCUCUCUCUCUCUCUCUUGGAUCUCACACCAACAAUGAGAGGCAAUUAAAGGAGAGGAUUGAGUGAAAAUUGAAGAGAUGAGAGAGAGAGAGAGAGACUAAGCGCUGAUUGAAGUGUAGAUUUGUCUUUUAUUGCGAUCUGGAAACUAAGAUGAGCAAGAGUUAAAAAAACAUUCAGUCAAUUAACAAGACUCUGUGUGUGAGCUCCUUGAGUAUUGGCUUGCGAGAUCAGAAAUGGGCAUCAAGUUCAUUUUCUUGGCGAUUUUCUUGGCAGAAACUAUUUUCCUACUGGUGAACGCCGAGCCAAUUGAAGACAAACAAGCCUUGCUUGAUUUCAUACAUAACAUUUCUCAUUCGCGUCCUCUCAACUGGGAUGUGAAUUCUUCGGCUUGCAAUAGCUGGACCGGAGUGACUUGCAACCAUGAUAAAUCUAGAGUUACAGCUAUCCGAUUGCCCGGAUUUGGCUUUCAUGGCUCAAUCCCCUCGAACACUCUAAGUCGCUUAUCAGCGCUUCAGAUCUUGAGUCUGAGAUCUAAUCGCGUAUCGGGUUCUUUUCCUUCCGAUUUCUCCAACCUUGGAAACUUGACUCUCCUCUAUCUUCAAUUCAACAAAUUUUCUGGCUCUUUGCCUUUGGAUUUCUCAGUUUGGAUGAAUCUCUCAGUCAUCAAUUUAUCAAAUAAUGGUUUUAAUGGUAGCAUCCCUUAUUCAAUUGCAAAUUUAACUCACCUCACCGCUCUCAAUCUAGCUAACAACUCAUUCUCUGGUAAAAUCCCUGAAUUGAAUCUCCCCAGCCUGCAAUUGUUGGAUUUAUCUAACAAUAAUCUUACUGGUUCUGUACCUCGAUCUCUUCAAAGAUUUCCGAAUUCGGCUUUCUCAGGUAACAAUCUUUCCCCUGAAAGUUCAUCCCCUCCACUUCCUCUUGUUCCUUCACUUCCUCCACUUCCUCCACCCUCUCCACCUGAAGCUCGUCCAUCAAAGACGCCCACAAAACUUAGUGAAUCUGCAAUACUGGGAAUCAUAAUUGGUGGUUGUGCUCUGGGGUUUGUGGUGCUUGCUUUUCUGAUGAUUGUUUGCUACUCAAAGGAAAAAGGUGAAAAUAGGGUCCCAACCAAGUCACAUAGAAAAGAAGAGUCUGUAAAGAAAGUGGUUUCCGGGAUCGAACAUGGCAAUGGUGACGACAAGCUUGUAUUCUUUGAGGGCUCUAAUCUUGCCUUUGACUUGGAAGAUUUGUUGAGGGCUUCUGCUGAGGUGCUCGGGAAGGGGACACUUGGGACAACGUAUAAGGCGGCGUUGGAUGAUGCAAUGACGGUAGUGGUGAAGAGGUUGAAAGAAGUGAGCGUGGCGAAGCGAGAAUUUCAGCAGCAGAUGGAAGUUGUCGGAAAUAUUAAGCAUGAAAAUAUAGCUGCAAUAAGAGCAUAUUACUAUUCCAAGGAUGAAAAGCUCAUAGUGUAUGACUACUAUAGCUCAGGGAGCCUGUCUGCAAUUUUACAUGCUAAAAGAGGCGAAAACCAGUCUCCGCUAGACUGGGAAACCCGACUAAGAAUUGCAAUCGGUGCAGCAAGAGGCAUUGCACAUAUCCACAUACAAAAUGGGAAGCUUGUUCAUGGAAACAUUAAGGCUUCAAACAUUUUCCUCAACUCUGAACAAUAUGGUUGCGUUUCUGAUCUUGGUUUGGCGACACUGACAAGUCCAACAACUCCACCAGUGAUGCAGACUGCAGGGUACAGAGCCCCGGAAGUAACAGACACCCGAAAAUUGUCCCAAUCAUCCGAUGUCUACAGUUAUGGAGUCUUGCUCCUCCAACUUCUCACCGGAAAGUCUCCAAUCCACGCCACCGGUGGCGAUGAGGUUGUACACUUGGUUAGAUGGGUUCAAUCGGUAGUGAGAGAGGAGUGGACCGCUGAAGUAUUCGAUGUGGAGCUGUUGAAGUAUCCGAACAUAGAGGAAGAGAUGGUGGAAAUGUUACAAAUAGGGUUGGCUUGUGCAGUUAAAAUGCCGGAGCAAAGACCUAAAAUGGUGGAUAUAGUGAGAAGGGUUGAGGAUAUCCGACGGGUUGGUACUGGAAACCGGCCAUCCUCGGAAGGUUCAACACCAACAUUGACACCACCGAUAUUGACGCAGAGGGUGGAUGAGAUAGGAUCAUCCUCAUCUUUUCCACAAUGAGAUAAUUCAUGUUGGAAAUUAUUCAUUCAUGUUGUUUGACUAAUGGUGUGCCUGACAAUAGUUAGUUCAUCUAACACGAUAUACAGGUAUUGGUCAAAGUAAAGGUCACUAGGCAUGUUAUUUUCCAAACGUCAUACGGAGAAUAAUGGAACCAACCCAAUUCAUGUCAAGUGUGUGUGUGUGUGUGUGUGUGUGUGUGUGUUUGUGUGUGUGGUUCCACUCUGGAUUUUUAUUUACUGGGCUUCCACUGAUAUUAGGUGGACUUUGAUUUCAUGAUAGAACAUUCAUCACCAACCAUUUUCUCACCCACUCAGGAAUUUGUCAUUGAUGACUAGGAUUUGCAAGUAAUUGUAUUCUCUAGUGGGUCACUUAUUAGUAUGUAAUCGGUUCGGUCAAGAUUACAGCAAACUUUAGUAUCAAACUGAACAGUUUUAUUUUGUUAGCUGAGGAACUCAAAUUGGCCAAA